ACAAGAGAGGGGCGGUGACUGCUGAAUGCUGAUCGCCGUGAUUAACUGAAGUGAUCAUUAGCUCAAAGCUGAGGAUAACGGUGGAAAUAAAUUGGGAUUAAUUGGGAUCCGCAUAUCGCUAUUUGGGUGACAAUAAUACGCUUGUAUAGUCACAUAUCCGUAUUAAAACGGAGCCGUGCGGUUCAUCUGUGGACAAUGAGGAAGAUUGCGUUGCUGCUCAUUGUGCUGCUCGGCGUUGCACACUUUAUGAAUGUAAUCAGAUGUGAAGAUGAGGAAAACGAGAAAGUUGAGGAGGAAGAGGAUGAUGACGACAUGGAGGAUGAUGAAGACACAGAGGAUGAUGAUGACACAGAAGUCAAGGAGGAGAACGGAGUGAUGGUCCUCACAGACGCCAACUUUGACACCUUCAUGGAGGGCAAAGACACAGUGCUCGUUGAGUUUUAUGCUCCAUGGUGUGGCCACUGUAAGCAGUUUGCCCCAGAGUAUGAAAAGAUCGCACAGACCCUGAUGGAGAAUGAUCCUCCUAUACCAGUGGCUAAAGUAGACGCCACAGUUGCAAAAGACUUGGCCGGCAGGUUUGAUGUGUCGGGCUAUCCCACUAUUAAGAUCUUAAAAAACGGCGAACCGAUGGACUAUGACGGAGACAGGACAGAGAAAGCCAUCGUGGCUCGUGUCAAAGAGGUCUCUCAGCCUGACUGGAAGCCCCUUCCUGAGGCCACGCUGGUGCUCACCAAGGACAACUUUGAUGAGACGGUCAACAAUGCAGACAUCAUUCUGGUGGAGUUCUACGCUCCAUGGUGUGGCCACUGCAAGCGUUUGGCUCCCGAGUAUGAGAAGGCAGCCCAGGAGCUGAGCCAGCGCUCUCCUCCCAUCCCUCUCGCCAAGGUGGACGCCACGGUGGAGAACGACAUCGCCUCCCGCUUUGACGUCUCCGGCUACCCCACCCUCAAGAUCUUCAGGAAGGGCAAAAUGUUUGACUACAAUGGGCCCAGAGAAAAGUUUGGCAUUGUGGACUACAUGAGCGAACAGGCGGGACCACCAUCCAAGCAGGUCCAGGCUGUCAAACAAGUGCAGGAGCUCCUAAAGGACGGCGACGAUGCAGUCAUCGUCGGCGUCUUCUCCAGUGAGGAUACGGCCUAUGAGACCUACAUUGAGGCUUGUAACUCGCUCAGGGAGGACUUCACCUUCCGUCACACCUUCAGCUCCGAGGUGGCCAAGCUGCUCAAAGCGUCGCCUGGUCAGGUUGUCAUCAGUCAGCCUGAAAAGUUCCGCUCCAAAUACGAGCCAACAUCACGCACUCUUACAGUGAAGGACUCCACAUCAGUGUCAGAUGUGCAGGAGUUCUUCAAAAAGCACGUCAUCCCUCUAGUAGGCCACAGGAAGCCAAGCAACGACGCCAAACGCUACACCAAGAGACCACUGGUGGUCGUGUACUACGGCGUCGAUUUUAGCUUCGACUACAGGAAAGCCACGCAGUUCUGGAGGUCCAAGGUGCUGGAGGUGGCCCAGGACUUCCCAGAGUACACGUUCGCCAUCGCCGAUGAGGAAGACUACGCCGAGGAGCUGAAGGGUCUGGGCCUGAGCGAGAGCGGCGAGGAAGUCAACGUGGGGGUUCUGUCGGAAGGUGGUAAAAAGUUCGCCAUGGAGCCCGAGGAGUUUGACGCCGACGUGCUGAGGGACUUUGUCACAGCUUUCAAGAAAGGAAAGCUGAAACCCAUCAUCAAGUCCCAGCCAGUGCCUAAGAACAACAAAGGACCAGUGAAGGUCGUUGUGGGAAAAACCUUUGAGGAGAUCGUCAUGGAUACCGAGAAGGACGUCCUCAUCGAGUUUUACGCUCCUUGGUGCGGACACUGUAAAAAACUGGAGCCUGAUUACUUGGCUCUGGGCAAGAAGUACAAGGGCGAGAAGAACCUGGUGAUCGCCAAGAUGGACGCCACCGCCAACGACGUGCCCAACGACAGCUACAAAGUGGAAGGAUUCCCGACGAUAUACUUUGCUCCCAGCAACGCCAAACACAACCCGGUCAAAUUCGAAGGAGGGGACAGGACUGUCGACGGCUUUAGUAAGUUUUUGGAAGAGCACGCGACGAAGUUGUCAGAAAGAAGAGAUGAACUUUGAAAAGAAAUCAAGAAAAAGAUCUCGACCUGCACUUGAGAACUCUUAACUGGGCCGGGAAGAGUCUGAGUAGGACUCAUGUGGGUUGGUGAUGGGAAGCAAUCGAAUCUAAAAAGUGUUACUGACGAUUACAGUUCAAUAAUUUUAGUUUGUGUUCAUUCCGAGAAGAGAUUUCCUACUUUGUGCUUCCAAAAAGCAUGUGAGCUCUGAGGGUUUUUAAAUAAAAUGACGGUUCCGUGGGCCAGCAUUCCAUUGUGACU